GCGUUGACGUCUACCUGUAAUCGGUAAACCGCGACGAACUAUUUUUAUACCGGAUAAUCGAUUUUGAAGAAUGUAAACAUAAGACGCAUACAAAGUGGUAGUACAACUAUUUUUUGGAUAGACAAUUAUAUUAAAUUCUAGUAUACACUUAAAAAAAGAAAAAUGGAGCGACCACCACCUGGUAAAGUUGAGGACCUGGCUACAUUAGCAAAACUAGAUGAAAAAGUGUUAUUGGAUGAAUUAAAGAUUAGAUAUUACAAUAACGAUAUAUAUACAUAUGUUGGUGACAUUCUGAUAGCAGUCAACCCAUUUAGAGAUCUAGGUAUCUAUGAUGACCAGACGUCAAAUUUGUACAAUCUUGCAAAGAAGACAGAGCUGCCACCACACAUAUUUGCAAUAGCUGACAGUGCGUAUCAGUGUAUGAUAGGACAUGGAGGAAGAACUCCAGAAAAUCAGUGUAUCCUUAUCAGUGGUGAAAGUGGAGCAGGUAAAACUGAAAGUACAAAACUCAUCAUUAAACAGCUUGUUGAACUUUGCCAUGGUAACACACAACUUGAACAACAGAUAUUACAGGUAAAUCCUCUGCUAGAAGCAUUUGGAAAUGCACAGACCUUGAUGAAUGACAAUUCCAGUAGAUUUGGGAAAUAUAUACAGCUUCAGUUUCAUAAUGGGCAAGUUCUUGGUGCAAAGAUAUCUGAGUAUUUGUUGGAGAAAUCACGACUUGUUCACCAGGGUUCAGGAGAAGAGACCUUCCAUAUAUUUUAUUACAUGAUGGCAGGACUUCCAAAAUCCAAACAAGAGCAAUUCUGUCUUACUGCUGCUGAUAAAUACAGAUAUUUAGCAUGUGGUACUGCUGGGGUUUCUAAAGAUAAAGAAUCUUCAAAAAAGAAAUAUGAUGAAUUACUGAAUGCCUUAGAUCUUGUUGGCUUCACAGAUGAGGAACAAUAUGAUAUGUUCACCAUGGUAACAAGUGUCCUUCACCUUGGAAACAUAACAUUUGAAGAGGAUGAUAAAGAUGCCUCCUAUAUACCUGAAAUGGCGCCAGUAGAUGUUGUAGCAAAAUUAUUAGGAGUGGAUAGUCAGGAUCUGGCAGGAACUAUGACAUCUAUUGUGACACAUACGCGUGGUGAACAAGUUACGCGGCAUUAUACCAAACAACAAGCAGAAGAGGCAAGAGAUGCUGUUGCUAAGAUACUGUAUGGACGUUUGUUUGGAUGGAUUGUGAACAAAGUGAAUCAGUUACUGGCACCAACACAUAUAGUGCCACAUAGUGAACAAAGAGAAAUUGGUAUUCUGGACAUUUUUGGAUUUGAACACUUUGAGAAGAACAGUUUUGAACAAGCGUGUAUAAAUCUUGCUAAUGAACAGCUGCAGUACUUCUUCAACCAUCAUGUGUUUAAACAAGAACAAGAAGAAUACAGCCGUGAGGGUAUAGACUGGAAGGAAAUCAAAUUUGUUGAUAAUCAACCACUCUUGGAUUUAUUUCUGGGAAGACCUCUUGGUAUUUUGACAGUGCUGGAUGAAGAAAGUAAAUUUCCCAGGGCAACAGAGAAGACACUAGUAGCAAAGUUUAAUGAGAAGUUUGGUAAGGUUGCAUAUUACAAGCCUGCACAGAGCAGUAAAGACAGUAGAUUUACUAUAUUACACUAUGCUGGACAGGUUACAUACAGUGGCGAGGGUUGGUUAGAGAAGAAUAGAGAUACACUGCCCCCUGGUGUCAUGGAAAUGUUACAGAGUAGCAAUAAUGCUCUUGUCAAGUCUAUUUUUAAAGCUCAAGUUACAAGAACAGGUAGUUUGGCAUUUCAAGGGAGACAAUCUACUAGAAAAACAAGAAAAGGUCACAGACCAAGUCUGGAAGCUGCAAGGAAAAGAAAACUAACUGUUGGUGGCCAGUUCAAGAAUUCACUACAAGUGUUGAUGGAGAGAAUGACAUCUGCCACGCCCAUAUUUAUUCGUUGUCUCAAACCUAAUCAUGUGAAAGCCCCAGGUUCAUUUGAUAUGAAGUACAUUCAGCAACAGUUACUAUACACUGGCAUGCUGGAAACAACGAAGAUUAGGAGGGAAGGAUUUGCAGUGAGACCUUCUUUUGAAGAUUUUGUUAACAAGUACAAAGUGAUUUUAUGUAAACCAACAUUGGCAGGUACCAGAGAUAACUGUAUUAAGAUAUUAAAAGCUACUGGUAUUAAAGGUUGGCAGGUGGGCAAGACAAAGGUUUUCCUGAAAUAUUACCAUAUAGAUGAGAUAGCAGAUGUACUAGAAACGAUGGGCAAGUCGGCCAUUACUCUUCAGAGAAUAGCAAGAGGUUUUCUUGGUCGUCGACAAGCAGCUAGAAGGAAAGAGGUGGCCAGACAACAGGCACAGAAAGUUGCUGAGUUACUUUCACAAAUUGAUGGGUUAUCAAUGAAACUGAUAUCUCAACAGCAGACAGUCUUACAAAAUGAUAAAAACAUUCCACAAAGUUUUUUCGGGCGACCAGACAGUGUAUUGAUAGAAGGACCUCCACCACCUGUACCAGACUUCCCAUACAGAGAUCUGUCAUCUAUUGGUGGUGUAAGUUUGACAUCAUCAGAUAAACGAGAUUACCUACAACCUAAAACGUUCGCUGAUUCAGCAACACAGGCAAGUGACAGCGAGGAAGAUGAGAUAUCAGAUGAUGAAUUUAUUCCCGUACCAUCCACACAACAUCCGGGUCACAAGAUGGCCUCGGUCCGCUGGUUCCAGGAAACACAAGCUACACAAAUCUAUGAUCCCAGUCAACAAAACUUCAUUGCUGAAUGGUUUCAUGGUGUCAUCUCUAGAAGACAAUCAGAGAUGUUGUUAAAGGAGAAACCAACUGGAACAUUCCUGAUUAGAGUUAGUGAAAGUAGAUUUGGAUAUACUCUCUCAUUUAGAGCAGAACAGCGUGUCAGACAUUAUAUGAUUGAUCAGUUACGUAAUAAGAAGUUUAUUAUUGUUGGUGAAAGUAAAGUACAUAAAACAUUGAAGGACCUGAUAGAGUACCUUAAAGAUAAUAAAUUAUCUAACUGGGAUGGAUAUUUAGUAGAACCUUGUGGCCAGAAGAGUAAUUAUGAAUCAGGAGAAUGUGACUAUGGUGAACUUGUUAAUGAAAGAUUUUACUUCACCCUCGAGGAGCAAAUCAAAAGACAGAAAACAGGUAAACAACGAGCUAUGAGAGAAAGUUCACGACCCCUGCCACCACCUCCCGAGAAUUGGCAAACACCACCACUUCCAGAUAGAAACUACAGUUUGGCAAAAGAUAUGGAGCGUGACGUGUCUAAGCGACCUUUACCACCAAGACCAGCCGAGGCUUAUCAACGUCUGCUACACAAUCAGACUGGAAGAAGAUCUGCAUUUAAGGAAGCACAGCACAAUGUUUAUGCACCAAAGAAGAAGUAGUAAACAGUGGGCUAUGUGAUUACAGUUAUCAUUUACAAUGAGAGUGUUGAGUGUUUUACAGUUGUAAUUUUACAGCAGUGCAAUUGUCACUGGUCAAGCAGGAUUGUUUGGAAUGAUACAUUCAGUCUAUUUCUUAUUUCUGAGAUUGUUAACAUGUUACUAUCAGCAAGAUAUGUUUUGAUGAAUAUAUUUAAAUGUUAAAAUAUUACAACAAUAAUUAUAUACAUAAUAUAAUCUGUGUAUACUGUUUCCUAAUAAUCGUUCAAGUUGUUU